AUGAUGACGGCGCUAUUCACGCUGCUCUCGGCCGUCUUCUCGCUGCCAUAUCGCCUGUUGCUCGCCGUCGCAGUGUCGGUCCGCUCGCGCGUGCAAGCCCCCAAGAUGCCUGCCAACGAGGAUGCAAAGUACUACCGCGACGACCCCGCAUGGGGCGACGUUGAGCCGCUACCGCAGGACGACGGUGGGCUGCACCCGCUCGCUUCGAUUGCGUACACAGACGAGUACAGCGAGGCCAUGGGCUAUCUGCGCGCCGUCAUGGCGGAUAGCGAACAUAGCGAGCGGGUACUGGAGCUCACCGAGCACAUCAUCUCCAUGAACCCCGCCCACUAUACCGUCUGGCUCUACCGCGCCAAAACGCUCCGCGAGAUCAAAGCCGACCUCGGCCGCGAAAUCGAAUGGCUCAAUCCCACCGCGCUGCAGCACCUCAAGAACUACCAGAUCUGGCAUCACCGACAGACCAUCAUCGACGCUCUCGGUUCACCUGACGGCGAGGCCGACUUCAUCGCCACCAUGCUGGAGCAGGACUCGAAGAACUACCACGUCUGGAGCUAUCGCCAGUGGCUGGUACAGCGUUUCAGCCUGUUUGACAAAGAGGACGAGCUCACCUGGACCGAGAGCAUGAUCGAGGACGACGUGCGCAACAACUCGGCAUGGAACCAUCGCUGGUUUUUGGUCGUGGGUGGCCACAGUGGGCACUUGGAGAGCGAACAUGUCGUGAAACGAGAGCUGGAGUAUGCGAAAUACGCGAUUCGGAAAGCACCUCAAAAUCAGAGUCCUUGGAAUUACCUCAAGGGCGCGGUUCGCGCUGCCGGCCUACCGUCGUCCAGCCUCAAGGACUUUGCGCUCGAAUUCGCUGACAUGCGCCGGCCGGACGAUAUAUAUUCCAGCCAUGCGCUCGAUCUUCUGGCAGACAUCUAUGCAGAGGAAGAGGGCAAUAAGGAAGAAGCCAAAAAGGCACUGGAGCUGCUAGCCACCAGAUUCGACCCUAUAAGGGCGCAUUACUGGAACUACCGCAAAGGUCUGCUUGAGGUACCCGAGACAGCGGCAUAG